GAGACCAGACUCCCAAACAUUCCUCCGGGGCUGCCAUGUGGGGGGCGAAUUCCCCGCCGGCUAUGGAGGGGUUAAGGAGCUGGUGUCCAGGAGCUGGGCAGUGACGGCGGGAGCGCAGCCCUCGCCUGCCCCCGGAUAACGGAGCAGUGUGAGGACGGAGGGCGGAGAUACGCCGAGGGAAGCACGGAAAAGAGACCCCGAAGAGUAAAAUGGCUGCUGCGGCUGAGAGCAGCGAGAGGCUCCGUGCAGCAUGGUGAACCCCAGCAGAGUGAAGCCUCAGCCGGAGGGAGACGACAGGAAGGCAGUGCCAGCUAUGCUGGAAAUGGAUACCCUGCCCAGGCAAGACUUGCCCCCAGCAGCAGCCCUCAGGCUGCCCCCUGGUGGAUCCACCCCGUCACCGCUGUCUUCCUGCUCCCGUCAGGCGUGGAGCCGGGAUAACGCGGGGUUCGAGGCUGAGGAAGACGGGAUGGAGGAGGAAGAGGACGGAGAGGAGGGCAUGGUGGUGGAGAUGGACGUGGAGUGGCACCCCUCUGGAGCGGGCAGGAGGUCUUCCUCCCUGGUGUCCUCCAGUAGCGGGGGCAGCACAGGGCUGGUGGGGUAUCACCCUCAUCAUCCCAACAGCAUGGGCGGCCAGGGCCAGAGGGGCCGCAGAAGAAGGGGCGAUGCCGGAGGUGGCAGAGCUGGCCAGGGCACGGAGCAGCCCCCGGAGCUGCAGGGAGUUGGCAGAGUCCUGCACUAUGUGAGAGGUCUUUGGGGUACAAGAUAUACAGCAGACCGAAUAACUACAAGGGAAAAAUACUUAAAAACCAUCCUCCGAGAGCUGGCCACUUAUGUUGUGUUUCUGUUUCUUUUAUGUGUUUUAACGUAUGGCAUGGUGAAUUCCAGCAUGUUUUAUUAUACUAAAGUUAUGACUCAGCUUUUUCUGGAUACACCUGUGUCAAAAACUGAAAAUACCAAUUUCAAGACCCUGAUGACUAUGGAUGACUUCUGGAAGUUUGCUGAGAAGCCUCUUGUAGGUGGCCUAUACUGGGACAUGUGGUACAACAACAGGACACUAGCAGAAAACCAAAGCUUUAUCUACUAUGAGAACCUGCUGCUCGGACUACCUCGACUGCGUCAGCUGAAAGUGAGGAACGGUUCCUGUUCAAUCCCAGAAGAUCUUAAGGAUGAAAUUACAGAGUGCUAUGAUAUGUAUUCAGCCAGGAAUGAAGAUACUGCCCCCUAUGGACUACGCAAUGGAACUGCGUGGACAUACACCAAAGAGAAGGAUUUAAAUGGCAGCAGUCAGUGGGGCCUCAUAUCUACGUAUAGCGGGGCCGGGUAUUACAUAGAUUUGUCCAGGAACAGAGAAGAGGCGGCUGCUCAGAUUGGGACCUUGAAGGAUAACCUAUGGCUGGACCGAGGCACCCGAGCAGUUUUCAUCGACUUCACAGUUUACAAUGCAAAUAUUAAUCUCUUUUGUAUUGUCAGGUUGUUGGUAGAGUUCCCAGCCACUGGAGGACUAGUUACCUCCUGGCAGUUCCAGCCGGUAAAGUUGAUUCACUAUGCUACUACAUUUGACUAUUUCUUGGCUGCCUGUGAGAUAGCAUUCUGCAUCUUCAUCCUGUAUUACGUAAUGGAGGAAUUCCUGGAGAUCCGUAAUCACCGCCUGCACUAUUUCCACAGUCUGUGGAAUUGCCUGGAUGUUGUCAUCAUUGCGCUCUCAGUGGUGGCGAUGGCCAUCAGCCUACACAGGAUGUCUAUGGAAAGACCUCUGAGCAAGCUCCUGGUGGACUUGAAUGUAUUUCAUAACUUUGAAGCUGUAGCUUACUGGCAGAACCAGUUUAAUAAUGUGGCUGCAGUUACAGUAUUCUUUGCUUGGGUUAAGCUCUUUAAGUUUGUGAACUUCAACAGAACCAUGACUCAAUUAUCAACCACCAUGUCUCGUUGUGCCAAGGACAUCCUAGGUUUCUCCAUCAUGUUUUUCAUCAUAUUCCUUGCCUACGCCCAGUUUGCCUACCUUGUGUUUGGUACUCAGGUUGAUGACUUCAGUAGCUUCCAGGAUUGCAUUUUUACUCAGUUUCGUAUUAUUUUGGGAGAUUUCAACUUCACUGAGAUUGAGGAAGCAAAUCGAAUUUUGGGCCCCAUAUAUUUUACAUCUUUUGUGUUCUUUAUGUUCUUCAUCCUUUUGAACAUGUUUUUAGCGAUCAUCAGUGACACCUAUUCAGAAGUCAAAACUGAUAUGGCUCAGCAAAAGAGUGAAAUGGAACUGGCCGAUCUCAUUAAAAAGGGGUGUAGUAAAGCAAUGGUGAAACUGAAGCUCAAGAAAACUGCAGUGGAUGAUAUAUCAGAGAGCCUCCGUCAAGGAGGUGGGAAGCUGAAUUUUGAUGAACUAAGACAGGACUUAAAAGGAAAAGGCCAUACUGAUGCAGAAAUUGAGGCUAUUUUUGCCAAAUAUGACCAAGAUGGUGACCAGGAGCUUACAGAACAUGAACACCAGCAGAUGCGGGAUGAUUUGGAGAAGGAGAGGGAGGACCUGGAGCUGGACCGGGGCUCUCUGCCUCGUCCCAUGAGCAGUCGUAGCUUCCCACGCAGUCUGGAUGACUCUGAAGAGGAUGAUGAUGAGGACAGUGGACACAGUUCUCGCAGGAGGGGUAGCAGCUCAAGUGGGGUCUCUUAUGAAGAAUUCCAAGUUCUGGUUAGGAGAGUUGAUCGGAUGGAACACUCUAUUGGAAGUAUUGUGUCCAAAAUUGACGCAGUGAUUGUUAAGCUGGAAGCCAUGGAAAGAGCCAAAAUGAAGCGCAGAGAGGUCCUGGCAAGACUUCUGGAUGGAGUCACAGAGGAUGAAAGGCUUGGCCGAGAUACUGAAAUGCAUAGAGAACAAAUGGAGCGCCUGGUGAGAGAAGAAUUGGAGAGAUGGGAAUCCGAUGACACUGCGUCCCAAAUGAGCCACCGUUUGGGGACUCCUAGUGAAACCAAUGGCCAGGCACGCCCCAGGAGCUCACGCCCUCCCUCCUCACAGUCUACAGAGGGCCUUGAUGGAGGAGGAGUGGCCACCAGUGUUUCAAAUAGCCAGGUCUAGAAUAACAUCUGAUGCACAGCUGGGUGUGUAGGUUAGAGGUACUGAAUUAUGGCUUCUCAGUUUCAGGCUAACAGAUAGAGAACUGCAGUUUGCCUGAAGGCUAGGGCGACACUGGUCGCCGCCAGGAUCGCUGAGUAGCGGUGAUCCCAAAGAAAUGGGAUUUCUUGCGACUGCCGCUCCCAUCCUAUUGAUUUCUAUAGGAUCACUGCUGCUCAGCGAUCCUGGUUGUGACAGGUGUCGUGCAAUUGGUGUCACCGUGUAGCCCUAGCCUAAGGCCGCUUUACACAUUGGACUAUUUCCAGCUGAACCCACCAUUUUUGUCAGAAUUAGCUGCCAAUAUGUGUGGGGUGCUUUUAGUUCUGGCCAAACAGAUGAAUUCAGAUGAGAGGAAACAGGCCGGUUGAAUUUCUAUUCCCGAUCCUUUUGUCCUCCUAGGAGAUGAGCUGCCACCACAGGUGUCUGGCAGUAGCUUUCUCCUCUCUCCCCACUGAAAGCCCAUUCAGUCAGGAGAGAUACGGUAGUUGUGAGCUGAACAACCUACAGCUAUUGAAGGCACAUGGGCACCCUAAGACUGAUCAGUAUCUUACUAAAGUGGUACAACCAAACGCACAAUAGUCACCGGGUUUUCAGCACAGUAGAUUAUAUCGAUCACCACAAAUAAAUGGCCCAAUGGUGAUGUAUGAUUUUAACCUCCUGCUUCCCAUCUCAAGUAUUUUUUAUUAGGAAGGCAUUAGAUGAAUACAGAAAUGAUACAGUGCUUAUGUAAAUGUGCAGCUUAUGUUCUCACCUUGCACACCAAUGAGUAAACCACUUUAUUUUAUAGAGAAUACUAAGCCAGGGCAGGAUUGUCAGUAACAGGAACAGAAAAUUACUUGUAGGUGUCUCUUUCAUGCUGCAUGUUAUAGGUUUAGGGAUAUGAGAGCGUUGUGUUUCAGAUCCACUCCCUUCAAUUUCAUUAGGCAAAGUGUGACUGCAGCAAGCCUUUACAAAGAACGGACAAAACAAGGCCAUGGUAAAUAUCUAAGGGCAUAGUGUUAGAAAUGACUGGGAAAUAGUACCUUUUAUGGCCAGCACCAUGGGUUGGUAAGAGAUGUAGCAGAACUGAAUAUGGCAUUGGGCAGAACCCAUCAUGGUAGCGUUAUCUGUGGUUUUCCUUAUGAAAAAGUAAGCCUGAGAUACUGGGGCAGAUUUGCUUAUAAUGUUAUGCUUUGCACAGUUUAAAUAGGAUAUCCUGGAAAAGAUAAUGAUGACUUAUCCUCAAGAUAGGACAUCAUGAUCACAUCCGUGGGGGUCCAAGUCCCAGUAUCCCCGCCGAUCAGCUGUUUCAGGGAACCACUGUGCUCACUAAGGCUAUGGUGAGCGAUGCAAGGCUCCUGUCAGCUUUCCAAGGACAGCGCCGUUCAUCGUAUAGUGGUUGUGCUUGGUAUUGCAUCUUGGCCCCAUUCACUUCAAUGGGGGCUGAGCUGUAACUAUGCCAUGUGACCGAUGUACAGUGAUGUCACUGGCUAGGAAGAGUCUGAAUCGCUCAAGGCCUCUUUUAACAACUGACUGGUGGGGUACCGGGUGUUACCCCUGCACAUCUGAUACUGAUGAUUUUAUGCCUCAUUCACAUGUCUGUGAUUGUGAGCCAAAACCAGGUGCGACUCUAAACACAGAACAGGUGCAGAUCUUUCCAUUAUUCCUGAUCUCUGUGGAGGCUCGGCUCCUGGUUUUGGCUCACAAUCACUGACCAAAACACUGACGUGUGAAUGAGGCUUGACCCUGAAGAUAAGUCAUACAUGUCUUUACCUGGAUCACCCCUUUUAGCAUAUGACUCUUAAUAAAUUCUUAAUGCUAGAAUAAUAGAACUUUAUAAAUUUGGAGUGUCGUAAAUCCUGCAUCAAAUUUAAACUAAAAUUAUGUCUGCGCCAAAAAAAAAAAAAGUCUCUUUAUGCACCUGUAAAAUUCUGGCGCCAGGUGGCACAUUUAGAACAUGCCCCUUUUUUGCAAAAUCACACCCACUUGUUGGGAGUUAAAUACUUAGAAAAUUGUGUAAAACAGUAAAAAAUUUAAGCAACCAAUAACUUUAUUUUAGAUUGUUUUGGCUUAAAACCCUCUCUGGGUUGUACGUAUGUAAAUACAUGAUGAAUUUAGCUCUGCUACAUCUGUUACUCGCCUGUACGUGUGUGUUCUGUACUCCAGGUUCAGGUGUGCUAAAGGCUCUGUUCAUGUUACUCCUGUAUCUACACUGUUUUAGCAAAACAGAAUGGUACAUCUGAAAUA